AGGCCUGUGAGUUCGCCGGAGAGACUGCGCCUUCCUGAGGUCGGGCUGAGACGCUUGUCUGGGGCCCUGGAGGGACAGGAAAGCUAGAAAUGGACCUUGUAAGAUUCGCCCUGUUCUUCUCUGGGCGCCGCCGCAUGGGACAGUCUAUCUUGCCAUAUCUGGACCCUCUCAGAGCCAGGUGGGCGGAAGGCAGGGAGGGGGCUGCAUGGCUAAAUCAGCUGGUGCCAGUGGCCUUCAACAGCUCCCUCUGCCGAUGGCCCCUCCACCAGAGGAGCCAGAACAUGAGGAACCUCAGCUCUGACCCAAGCCAUCCUAGCCCCAUAGCCACACAGGAGGAAGAGGAGGAAGAGGAGAGCUUUGGGACACUUUCGGACAAAUACUCCUCCCGGAGACACUUCCGCAAAUCAACAGCCCAGCUCUAUAACCUGCGGCUCAAGGAACAAAAUGUUGAGGAAGAUGAGGAAAGGGAACUGGAGCCAAGACCAUGGAAGGGCCCAAAAAACACUCCAUACUGGUACUUCCUUCAGUGCAAACACCUGAUCAGGGAAGGAAAGCUGGCUGAGGCCCUGGACUUGUUUGAGAGGCAGAUGCUGAAGGAGGAGCAACUCCAGCCACUGGAGAGCAACUACUCAGUGCUGAUUGGGGGCUGUGGGCGUGCCGGCUACCUGAAGAAGGCCUUCAAGCUCUACAAUGACAUGAAAAAACGGGACCUGGAGCCUUCAGACGCCACGUACACAGCCCUGUUCAAUGUCUGUGCUGAGUCCCCCUGGAAGGAUUCUGCUUUGCAGAGUGCCCUGAAGCUACGGCAGCAGCUCCAGGCCAGAAACUUCCAGUUCAACUUGAAAACCUACCACGCCCUGCUGAAGAUGGCAGCCAAGUGUGCGGACCUCAGGAUGUGCCUUGAUGUGUUCAAGGAAAUCAUCCACAAAGGGCACACUGUCACCGAGGAGACCUUCAAUUUCCUGCUCAUGGGCUGCAUCCAAGACAAAAAGACAGGUUUCCGAUAUGCCUUGCAGGUCUGGAGGCAGAUGCUGAGUCUGGGGCUUAAGCCCAACCAGCACAGCUAUAACCAGAUGUUGAUGGCAGCUCGAGACUGUGGCCUGGGACAUCCAGAGGUGGCCUCAGAGCUCUUCCUGAGGCCUAGGAAGGAGAUAGCCCUGCUUCAGCCUCUAGCAAGCAGGCAGCAAGGAAGGAGGAGAGCUGAAGUAGGGGCAGGUGGUGGCAUGUUGGCUAGGCUGCAUGUGGAGGUCCUGGAGAGGGAGCUGUUUCUGGAACCUUCUCAGGCACUCAAGGAGCCUCCAGAGCCUCAGAAGGCCAAGGUAUUCAGCAAGGCGCAGCUGGAGGUGGAAACUGAGACAGAGCCUGACUACACAGUGGCCCUCCCCCCAGUAGCUCUGAAGCCACCUCCCUUAGAACUGAAGGCUAACCUCCUGACCCCUGAGGCCAUCCCCCCAGCUGUGGUCUCCUUUGGGAUGGUGGCCACCCCAGCUGACAAGCUGGCCUUGAUGGGGGGCCUGGAGGGCUUCCUGGGCAAGAUGACAGAGCACGGGCUCCAGCCUGACAUCAGUACCUUCACGCUGCUGGCUGAGGUAGUGGAGCCAGGGAGCCCCACAGAGUCCUCACUGAUCACCCUCCUGGACACUCAUCAAGUGGAGGCUGAUGUGACAUUCUUCAACACACUGAUACGGAAGAAGAGCAAGCUGGGAGAUCUGCAAGGGGCCAAGGCACUGUUGCCCAUCCUGGCUAAGAGGGGAAUUGCUCCCAACCUGCAGACAUUCUGCAACCUGGCUAUUGGGUGCUGCAAGGCAGGGGAUGGGCUCCAGCUUCUCGUCGACAUGAAGAAAUCCCAGGUGAUGCCUAAUAUCCAUGUCUACAGUGCACUCAUCAACGCAGCUGUCAAGAAGCUGGACUAUGCCUACCUCAUUGGCAUCCUGAAGGACAUGAGGCGGAGCAGAGUCCCAGUGAAUGAGGUGGUCAUCCGCCAGCUGGAGUUUGCAGCCAAGUACCCUCCCACCUUUGACAGGUACAAAGGGAAGAACACCUACCUGGAGAAGAUUGAUGGCUUCCGAGCCUAUUACAAACAGUGGCUGAAAGUGAUGCCAGCAGAGGAAACCCCCCACCCCUGGCAGAAGUUCCAGACCAAGCCCAAGAGGGACCAAGAUACUGCUGGGGAGGCUGAUGUAGACAAGAGGCCUUGAGGCUGAUAGGACAGCAAAGCCUUCACCUGAAGAGGCUGUGCUCCAACUUGGGCCUGGGGCACCACUCUG